GACUAAUCAGAACGUUAACAACCCUGUCCAGAAACUCUGUGGUAAAAGUAAAACAACCCCAGUUAGAUGUUCGAUGACCCUUUGAAAAUUGCUUCCAGUAUUAUUUAUUUAUUUUUGCCUUUAAUCAAAGUUUUACAAUGCGUGUCUUUAAAUGUCAGUGUGAUAUGGGAAAUGUGUUCUAGCUCGGAACAACAACAAUCCCUGGCCUGUAGAUAAACCUCAUUUAAAUCUAUUUGUCCUUUAGGCUUGGUCAGUGUGACAUCAUUCCUUGUUCUAGGACAAAAAUAUUUUUUCAUGGAAUGUAAUCGCUGCGAAAACACACGGUUCUCGGAUUUGCAGGGGCCAGUGAGUAGCUCGGCCCGGGAAAGAGAUGGUACCAUUUCAAAAGCGUUUUGUUUAUGAUCGAAGAUUCAUUUGAAUGAUAAAGUCUGCAGACAUGAGUGUGCUUAUACAGUGGUCAGCAUCAUCGUGUCUAUAACCAAAUCAAUGACGAUGCCCCAGUGUAAGACAAGACCCUUGCAGUGGUCUGCGUCCUGGACAAUUUUAACCGUUUUAUUUAACUAUACAUCCGCAAACAGAACGUCAGUGGAAACACUAUACAGGGGUCUUCUAAGUAACUACAAUCCGUACAUCCGACCAAACGACGACCAGGACCAGCAGACGACCGUCAGGGCCACGCUACACCUGAUCGCCAUUAACGACGUGGACGAGCUGUCCGGCACUAUGUCGACGGUCGUUUACGUAGACGUCACGUGGAAGGAUCCCCGGAUGAUGUGGGACAAGGCGGACUACACCAACGUGUGGCAGAUCCUGGUCCCGCAAAAUCUCGUGUGGAAACCAGAUCUCGUGGUGACGAAUCCGGUGAAGAAAGUCCGAAAAAUCGGAUUUGAUGACAUCAUGAUCCGUUACAAUGAUAACGGAGUGGCCCUGUGGUACACAGGAGACUACUUAGAAACGUCAUGUGAUAUUGACGUCACACACUUUCCGUUCGAUCGGCAGGUCUGUACCAUUGUGAUGAUUCCCUGGAACUACCGACACCGUGAGCUCCAACUCUUCAUCGUUGAAAACAACAUCAAGUUGGACAACUUCACAGAAAACGGGGAAUGGAUUCUGUACGACACGGCCGCGGAGAGGGUCGGGGACGGACCGUUCGAAUAUAUCUACUUCAAGUUGUACCUGGAGCGCCGGUCCUCCUUCUUCAUCAUCAACCUCUUCAUUCCAGUGGUCCUGCUGGUGUUCCUGAACUGUAUGGUGUUCCUGCUGUCGGCGGACUCCGGGGAGAGGAUCGGGUACGCCAUCACGUGCUUGCUGGCCAUCACCGUGUACCUGACCCUGGUGUCUGACACCAUCCCCAAGUCCUCCAAACCCAUCUCCGUGCUGACCUUUGUCCUGAUGGUCCUACUGAUCUUGUCCACCCUUAUUUGUUUUCUGACCAUCAUCGGCCUCAGGUUCCAUUUCCGAAAUGAACGGAAACCUUUACCAAAGUGGCUUUGUAAGCUGACUCGAAUUUUAAGGUGCAAAAAGAUAAGGAAACAAUUUGGAAGAAUUUUUAAGUCGGAUUGUAGACAACGUAGAAUAAGGUCGGCAGAAAAUCAGCACAGAAGCCCUGAACCCGAGUCGCACCCAGGUGUUUCUCAGCAAACUGAAUUCAGUAAGCCCAUCGUGUCCAUAGUCGGUUCCUCUGAUGGUAAGGACGCGUCCAUCUAUAGACAGAGUUUUCAUCUGGGAGAGUCGUCUGAGGUGAUCUAUGAGGACUGCGAUGAGCUUCCGGAAUACGAGUUGGAGACGUGGAAGACGUUCGCCAAGUUGUUUGACAAGUACUGCUUCAUUUUGUGUGUCAGUGCAGUGAUUAUUAUUGGGGCUUUGUAUUUCAUGAUUUCCAGCGGUCGUCUAUCGGUGUAGUCUAAUAUGGUUAUGAUAAGUUGUCCUAACCUAAUUUGUGUGUGAUGCUGCACGAAGGAUGGUCCCGUGUCGUACUGCGGCGGUACAUUCAGUGAAUCCUAUAACCUCGGCGAGAUCACGUUUUUCGGAAUAACCGGACUUACACCGUCAAGUCAUAGGAUCACGGGAGAGUCAACUAGUAAAACCCGAAAGUUUUCCGAGUCAACUGGUAAAACCUGGUAAAACACGAAAGUUUUCCAAAUAUUCAUGCCAUUUACCUAUGUAUAGUGAUAAUUAAACUGUGGGAAUAGAACAUGUUUUGUUUCGCCACCCAAAGUCAAUCUGAUUGAAAUACAAAAUAACCCUGUGUAUAAACCAUAGUUUUUUUUUCUUUUGUGUAAUCACCAGUAAAUCGAUUUGCGUUUGUCGUCA